AUGCAAUUCCUUCCCAUACAAACUCGGAGUGUCCAUUUUCUGGUCUCAAGCAAAAGGAGUUCCGAUUCUCCUGAGGAUCACACUUGUCCCGUGGAAAACAUAAAUGAUCCUCGUAAGAUUCCAUCAAUCAUCCGCAUAAUGUUCAUGAUUCCCGUAGUUGCAGCCAUCUCGUUUCUCUGCAUACAUUUUGAAGAAGCCACGGCUUAUAUUUCCCCCAUCAAUGAACUUUACGAGGCCUUUGCAUUUGCCGCAUUUUUUCAACUCCUGUAUAACUACGUACUCAAGGAAACCCAUGCCCAAUCUUUGUCUAGACAAGCAUCACAAUUUCCCCCAAUUUGCAAAACUGUUAUCCAGAUCUUCCAAUUCCCGGCUAUUAUGUGCAUCGUAUUCCUCAUGGAAGAUCCCAGAGGCAAAGGGAACAUACCCACCACCAUCGCCAUCCUAGCACAUAUCCGCUUCUACAAAUCCACGAAGUCCCUAACAGCCGCUCGCAAACCCCUCCACAAACUCAUGGUCUUCAAAAGAAUCGUGUUCCUGAAUUUUUUCCAGACCACUCUCUUUGCAUUCCUCUCGCCGCGCCUUCCCCCCACCAAUAUACUUAUCACUCGUGAUUUAACGGAUGGAAUUCCUAACUUACUGGUUUCAUUGGAAAUGGUUAUCUUCUCGAUCUUAUUUCUGAAGUUUUAUGCCGUGGGCGAGUAUGCCAAGGGAUGCGAAACUUACCAGGGAGGUAUCAUGGGGAUUAAAGUGAUUACCGGCGCGGCGAAUUCUAUUGCGUUCAUAGGAGAAAUGGUCAGGAUGGUGAUGGGAAGGGAAAAUAUGGAGAAGGGCGGAAAUUCAUGUACUGAUUCUUCUUAUAAGGUCCUAUCUGUUUGA